ACUGUGGGUGUGUGAAUGAGGGUUCAAAAAUAUUGUUCCUGCUACAAAACAGUCUCUGUGUGUUAGAUAGGGGCAUUUAAAUCCAAGCAGAGACACGUAAAACUACAUUCUCGUUUGAAGGGAAGAUGAGGCUGUUCGUCAUGAGCGUCUCUGUGCUGCUCCUGGUUCUGGGUUUUUCAUGCAUCUCAUCUGAACUUGUAGACAAAUUCAGUAAAUGCGGUGAAUUUUUUUUUAGUCAAAAGCCUCCGGAAAUCCCUGGCAUUCCGAAGGAUACAACCAGACAGUACAGUAAUUAUAAAAUGAUCUGUCAGCGAUAUGAGGACAGUGUAAAGUAUGCAACCCUCUAUAAUACAACAGGGAAGAUCCCUAUUUUUUCAGCUUACAAAUACACCGGAAUACAAGAAUACAAGGAAGUAACUAAUCUUCCCUGGAUGAUGGAGUCACAGCUUGAACCUGUAGGUCCUGGGAUCCAUGAGCCAUUCGUCAAUCAGGCGAUCACUGGAGACUACUACAAUAACACACAAAAUGUUAGUCCCGGUCAAUUAUUUCCAGUCCGUUAUGCAGCUGACAGAAAAACUGCUGAAUCUACGUUCACUCUCACCAACAGCAUUCCA